CUAAAAUCCAUUCUUCCAAAGGUUAUUUAAUUCGUAUGUUUGGAAGUGUAUUUUUUUCUCUGUUGUAUAGCACAUUUAAUGUCAGCUGUAAACCAAGAAGUUUGUUUUAAUGAUGUUUUUAUUCUUAUUAACUUUUAAGAAUUUGGAGGCAACAUUGGAGAAGAUACAGUUUUAGAUUUCAUUGAUGGCGGUGGUAAUGUUUUAGUAGCUUCAGGUUCAAGUAUAGGUGACCCUAUAAGGGAAAUUGGAAGUAAUUGUGGUGUUGAAUUGAUGAGGAAAACACAGCUGUAAUAGAUCACCUUAACUUUGACGUCAAAGAUGAAGGCUUGCUGAGUAUAUGAAAUUGAAACAUACAUUGAUCAUAGCUGAUCCCUCGAACAUCAUAGAAUCUAAAACCAUUGUAGGAGAUAAGAAAUUAAAUCCAAUUUUAUUCAAGGGUGUUGGAAUGACUGCCGACCCGGAGAACCCCCUGGUAAUGGAUAUCUUACACGGUACUUCUUCCUCAUACUCCCACAAUCCUUCUAAUGACAUCGUCGACUAUCCACACGCUGUUGGUAAAAACACACAGUUCAUCACUGCCCUCCAGGCCCGCAACAAUGCUUGCGUUGUGUUCUCUGGUUCCUUGGAGUUUUUCAGCGAUGCUUACUUCCAGUCUGCCGUUCAAAGGCCGUUGCAGGCUCUGAAAGAUUUGCUAAGUCUGGCAACCAAGGCCUUGCAUAUGCUCUCUCUCAAUGGGUGUUCAAGGAGAAGGGCUUACUUCGUGUCACCGGUGUUAGCCAUCAUAUUGUCGGACAAAGGACACCCCCAGCUGCUUACACCACUGAAGAUCAUGUGGUAAGGCCUUUCUAUUUCAUAGCUUGCAUACAUUUGCUUAUGAGGCCAAAGCACAGUGAAAU